AUGUCUCCCAAAGACACCCUAAAAUUGGGAGUUUGUGCCGACUUGCUGAAUGACUUGGUGCACCUUGUGGUGGGAACCCCUCCCAAAACCCCAUGCUGCACCCUCAUCGAGGGUUUGGCCGAUCUCGAGGCGGCUGUGUGCCUCUGCACCGCCAUCAAGGCCAAAGUGCUGGGCAUCAACCUCAACGUGCCCGUCUCCCUCAGCUUGCUCUUGAACUACUGCGGCAAGAAGCUUCCCUCUGGCUUCCAAUGCGCAUAGAUAGUUUAAACUGGUUUUUUUCCUUGUUAAAUUUUAUAUAUGUACCGCUGUGUUGUGUUAUGUCGAUUUGUUUGGUCCAUUUUAUGAUGAUGAAGGCGUUUCCGCCUUCUGUCAUCGUAUGUGUGGUUUCUAUAUAUAGCAAUAAAGUGAUUCUCCAACUCAAAGGAAA